CUUUCCUCAUCCCGGAGACAAUUGAAUUUCUGCGCCUUAAAAGAGAGUUUGGUUAGUUAUAGUGUUCCAACUCCGAUGUAGGAACUGAUCACCAUAGGGAAAACUGAACGGUGAGAUUCAACAUUUUGCAAAUCAAGUUUUGUAUCAAAUGUAGCAUGUGGUUUAUUAUCAUUACAAGGAAAAAUGAGCUUGAAAACCGUGGUUUGGAUCAUUCAAAUGAACACCAAUACGAUUUUCAAACAAGAACGUGACAUGCAUUAAUUAACAUAUUAAAAGAACGUACGGUAGGAUAUAAAAACACAUUAAAAUACGCAAAAUAAAUUCAGUGGGAAUUAUUUUAUCAAAAAAAUACAUAUAAGUUCCCACGAGUUAUGGCGAUUCGUAAUCUACUCAACCGGAGCUUCGUUGCCGGAGCUAGAUUCAUGUCUUCGUGGUUCAGGAAUAUCGAGCCAGCUCCUAAGGAUCCAAUCCUUGGAGUUGCGGAAGCUUUUCUCGCUGAUCAGAGUCCAUACAAAGUCAAUGUUGGAGUUAAGUGUGCGUAUCACAAUGAUAAAGGAAAGCCAGUGGUUUUGGAAUGUGUUAGAGAAGCUGAGAGGAGAAUUGCAGGAAACCAAUUCAUGGAGUAUCUUCCUAUUGGUGGGAGCAUCCAUAUGAUUGAAGAAUCACUGAAGCUGGCAUAUGGAGAUGAUUCUGAGUUCAUCAAGGAUAAACGAAUAGCUGCAGUUCAGGCUUUAUCUGGGACUGGUGCAUGUCGACUUUUUGCCGCAUUUCAACAGCGUUUUCAUCCCAAAACCCAAAUCUAUAUGCCAGUUCUCACCUGGGCCAACCACCAUAACAUUUGGAGAGAUGCAGGAGUGCCUAUCAAGACAUUCCGUUACUAUCAUCCUGAGUCUAAAGGAUUGGAUUUUCCUGGACUGAUGGUUGACAUUAAGAAUGCUCCAGAUGGUUCUUUCUUUCUGCUUCAUGCUUGUGCUCACAAUCCUACUGGAGUAGAUCCUUCAGAAGAACAAUGGAGAGAGAUCUCUUCCCAAUUCAAGGCUAAAGGUCAUUUCCCUUUGUUUGACAUGGCAUACCAAGGUUUUGCUAGUGGCGAUCCAGAGAGAGAUGCAAAAGCGAUCAGGAUUUUUCUUAAUGAUAGUCAUUUAAUAGGAGUUGCUCAAUCAUAUGCAAAAAAUAUGGGACUGUAUGGCCAGAGAGUUGGAUGCCUUAGCUUGCUUUGCGAAAAUGAAAAACAAGCUGUGGCAGUAAAAAGUCAAUUGCAGUUGAUUGCCAGACCCAUGUACAGUAAUCCACCUCUUCAUGGAGCACUUGUUAUUUCAACUGUCCUUGGUGAUCCAGAACUGAAGAAGCUAUGGCUUAAAGAAGUUAAGGUAAUGGCAGACCGCAUCAUUGGAAUGAGGACUGCACUACGAGAGAACUUGGAAAACCUUGGAUCUCCUUUGCCAUGGAAUCACAUAACCAAUCAGAUUGGAAUGUUCUGCUACAGCGGGAUGACACCAGAACAAGUUGAUCGUUUGACAAACGAGUUUCAUAUUUACAUGACUCGUAGUGGUCGUAUAAGUAUGGCUGGUCUUAAUACAAGCAACGUUGGAUAUGUGGCUAACGCUAUCAACGAAGUUACAAAAUCAGCCUAAAUUAUUCAUUUAUGCUACACACCAAAUUUUGUCCUUGGAAAUGACAAAAGCUCAGAAGUAGAAUCAAGGGAGGGAGUACAAUAAAAUUUGGGCACAUGUAGCCAUCUUAUAUAAUUUCAUCUUGUUUCAUUUGUGAUUCAAGAUUAAACAAUUUGAGAAGUAGAUUAAGAGGUUUCAUUAAUGAGUAUUCUUACAGUUUUACUCUUCUGUGAAAAGGAUUUUCUUGGCUGUGUAUCUUUACGCUUUUGUUGAUGCUAGAAAGGAUAUUUAAAAGCUUGGAUUA